UUAAAAGUUAUCCAAUAGCUGAAAAAACGGCUUUUCCAACUGAAACGACUCCAAACAACUUCGUGGUGAUUGAGAAUGUAACAAUGGACUGGAUUGAAAACUCCACCCUCUGGAACAUUUCACAAACUUUAUCGAACGAAGUGACGACACCGGAAACCGCAACGAAAACCGGAAGUGUCCCACAAUGGUACGAAACGGGCAGAGUUACCAUCCCGCUAUAUGCCGUUAUCUUUAUGUUGGCAGUCAUCGGAAACACCCUCGUCAUACUCACCUUGGUGAAGAACCAAAGGAUGAGAACGAUAACAAACUUGUUCCUCCUCAACUUGGCCGUCUCGGAUCUCCUCCUAGGCGUCCUUUGCAUACCUUUCACGCUAAUAGGGACGCUAUUGAGACACUUCGUAUUCGGCGAGGUCAUGUGCAAGCUUCUGCCCUUCCUCCAAGCUUGCUCCGUCAGCGUCGGAGUGUGGACUCUGGUGGCCAUCUCCGUCGAGAGGUACUACGCGAUUUGUCACCCUUUGAGAUCUCUCCGAUGGCAAACUAUCAGCCACGCUUAUAAACUCAUAAUGGGGAUAUGGAUCGGAAGUCUCAUUUGCAUGGCACCUAUCGCCCUUUUGAGCCAACUCAAGCCCACAAAGCAAGGAAAUUACAAAUGUCGGGAAGAUUGGCCCUCACUCGACUACGAAAAAGCCUACAACUUAUUCCUCGACGUUGUCCUCUUGGUAAUCCCCCUAUUGGUCCUAGGACUCACUUAUUCACUCAUCACGAGGACACUCUGGAAAGGAAUGAAGACGGAAAAGGUCCUGCGCGACCACACAGUGAACGGCGCUGUGGACGUGUACAUCAACCUGCAUGGGUCGUCUACCACCAGCCGUUGGAGCAAACGCCACAACCCCAAUUGGCGGCAACUGCGCCACAAUUGGUCGCAAGAGUCCUCAAGUCCGGGUACCGGAUCGCAGAAAUACACUCCGGGUCUCCGGCGUACCAACGCCGAACGCAGUCUUCUUAAUAAGAAGCGCGUCAUAAAAAUGCUUUUCGCCGUAGUUUUGGAGUUUUUCAUUUGUUGGACUCCACUCUAUGUUAUUAACACAAUCGUCUUGUUUGAUUCUUCCGUUAUUUAUAACAAUCUAGGAUAUAAAGCUAUCACUUUCUUUCAGUUGCUGGCGUAUUGUUCGAGUUGCUGCAAUCCGAUAACUUAUUGUUUCAUGAAUUGUGGAUUUAGAAAGUCGUUUUUAAAUCUUUUCAAGUGUUUGAAAAAGUCGAGGAACUUCGGAGUGAAUAACAGCGAGAUUAAUAUGGAGACGAAGUGGACGAAUCGGUGCUCGGAAAACACGGAUUUUUGUAGAUAAACUGUGUAAUUACUUUUGGGCAAAUAAACGGUGAUUAAAUAUA